UAUAUAGAACGUCUCUAAUGUUUGGAUCAUCCUAUACUUUUUUGUUUUUCUUUUAUGAAGAGUCGGAAGUUGGUGUGGGCACACCCAAAACAUAAUAACUGAUCGGGAAAUUGGCACUCGAUCAUAAUGGCACAUAAUCGUGAUCAAGUAACGGAAGCCUUUGAGCUGUUUGACAGUGAUGGUGAUGGCUACCUUUUAGUCAGUGAAGUUGCUUCAGCCAUUAGAGCACUUGGACACAUACUUACGGAUGCUGAUGUGAAAAAUUUGCUUUCAAAAUCAGGAAUAGAUCCUAGUAGAGGAAGUCGUGUUGACAUCAAUAAGUUCCGACAAAUGCACGGCUCCCUCCCACCUCAGAACUACACCAGGCAGUUGGAAGAGGCAUUUAAAACAGUGGACAAAGAUGGCAGUGGCUAUGUGAUGGCCACAGAGUUGAAACAUUUGCUGACCAACAUGGGAGAUAAGCUGUCCAAUGAUGACUUCACCACACUGUUAGAGGAACUUGACAUUGACAGUAAUGGUCGGAUACAGUUCAAAGAAUUUGUAAGACUUCUGACUGCACGUUGAUCUCAUUCAAGUCUACUUUUUUGUAUCACAAAAAUGUGUAAAUUAUGCAAUUGUAUAUUUACCUAUUUUAAUGAAUUCAUAACACAUAUCAUUUCUAUCACUGCUAUUAUUUAGUGAGGCUGUAUACAACUGAACUUGCAAUAUAAAAUAUUGUGACUUUUGAAUGCUAUUUUAAACAUGUGACAUUUUACAAGUUCAACUUUAUUGAGUUUAGACUUACAUUUUCCAUUAUUUCCAACUAUUCAUUUACUGGAAACCAAUCAUUAGUUUAUGUUGGCUGCUGUAAAAAUCUUUAAGUCUUGUUUAAAGGACUUUAUAUUGUCAUGAAAUGAAUCAGCCUUGAUGUUUUUAUGCAACUGUUUUUGAUUGUCUUUUAAUUUCCAAUGAUUUAUAUUAAAAAGGUUUUACCAGCAA